AAAAAAGCGAUCCCGAGCUGAGCAACCCGAUGCGUCGGAAAAGGUGGCUUUGAAAUGAAAUCCCGUUGUCCUCGCUUGUUUAUUGGUAAUGACAAAAUUUCAAAUAUUUAAUUAGACGUCGAAAAAAAAAUAUAUACACGUUUUUGUGCCCGAGUAGCGAAAUGGACAGCAUCCCGGAACUUUCGAGUUAAAGAACUGCAAUUGCAUGAUCAAAAUAAACGAUAUGGACCAGAUCCUGAUUGAUCAUAAUCGAUGUAAAAACGUGUUUUUACCAAUGUACUCUGAAAAGUCAUGUAUGGUUGGUAACUGAAUUUUGAAACGCCGAUUCGCGAUUCACUAUGGAGGAUAAAGACGUUACAGAUAAUGAACACGUUAAAUCUGACGAAGACAAAACUAGGUGUAAUUUGGAGGGCGCGAAAACAUCACGAAAACGCGGGUUAGAGACAACCGACAUUUCGCCCUUUUGCGAUCAGUUGGAGAAUUUUAUCAAGUACAUUGGAAACUUCAGGGACUUGAAUUUUCUCACUUAUAAUUACCCCAAUGUUCUUGAAAAUCGGCUAGACGGUGAUGUCCGUGAGCUCGAGAGCAUGUUAGGCGAAGUAAAAGAAGCUAUCGUGAGAGUUGAGCGAGUUAAAAUGCAGAGGAGAUCGAUAAAGCAAGAGAAAAUCGCGGUUACAAGGACUUUAAAAAGAAUGCGGGAUGACGAAAUCCGAGAAAUGGAAUGCGUUAUAUCGCUAUACGAUAAGCCGAUGUUCUGUCGAUGGGAAAACGUGAGAAAUACCAACAACUCUGAAAUUUUGGAAGGAAUCCUGAUGGACAUUCAAGGUAAACAAUUGGCCUUGGAGAAUCUGAAAAUUUUAGCUACGCGUAAGCUCGGUCAAAUUCAAACGUUCAAACCGCGGCUAGGUACCGAUACCGAAAAAGGGUACGCAAGUGUAAGGGAGAAAUCGGUAAUUGCACUUCCGUUUCCUUCCUUUUGCCCCUCACUUCCGCCUCUGCCUCCACCUCCUCCACCUCCUCCACCGCCUCCACCUUUGCCGCCCUCGCUACCUCUGACGGUUCCGAUGGCCUCUAAUUUACCGAAAAGAUCGCACACGCAGCGGUUGUCCAUGCAAAGACGUCGCCGCAGACAAGAGCGACGCGACGAAAAUUUGGAAAGAAGAUGCGUCGUAACAGCGAAUGUGGAAGACUUCUCUUUGGUACCGUUAACGCUAAGUGAUCUUCCCGCGAACCUUACCAGCAGUUUAUACCCAACAAUAUUGAGUUCUUCCAGAAAUUCUAGUCAUGAUGUUAUUUCGGAAGAUAGCGUGUGCCCCACAGAUCCGAGAAUCGGUUCAAUAGACGUUACUUUAUUAAAUAGGAAUAAUAACAGCGGCGAAGACGACACUGGGGCACAGGGACUCGGUUUAGAAUUUCAAAGCGAAAUGCGAACAGUUCUACAAGCUCUUUUCGGCGACCUCAGAUCGACACCGACGCUGUUAACGACUGAUAGUGUCUCUACCAACGCGGAGGAAGACGAAAACGCGUUAAAUGCCAAUCGCGAAAUCGAAUUGUACACUUUACGGAAAUCUUAAUAAAUAUUUUGCUCUUCGGUAAGAGCCGCUCGAAAGGGUAUGGACAUAGAGUUAGUAAAAAUUCUUUUUAUUUCCAUGUUAGUAA